UGCUCCCCCGUGAUGACGGGUCGCCAGGCUUUCCGGGAACCCAGCUGCCUCCGCUCAGCGCGUCCGCGGCGACGGCUGCCAGUCCCGAUGAAGACGCACGCUCAGGUGGAGCUCCGGUGAUCAACAGCUCGACAACUUCACCGUCUCCUGCGCGGAACGUCAACAUGAGGGGACCCGACGGACGAAAGCGGAGCCAAGUAUCACGCGUGAGCGCCUGGUAGCUGCUGUGCGUGUUGCCACAUUCUUGAGCCAUUCUUGAACGAACGAGCUCUCGAGGUUUGAUCUUAAUCAGUCGACGGAACUGUUAUUUUGGCAGCGGAGCGCGUGGAGUCUGUGCCAAAAUGACCAGACCAUUGUCUAGCAUCGCUGCAACGGAAUGGGCCCACAGGAAUUUUGGCACCGGUUUUACGCAGCAGACCACCUAGUUGCGUCGACGUGAACCCGACCGGAGUCAGAACGGAGGCGCAGAUGGACAAAGACCGCUCGCACGUUUCGCCGUGGUGAUGCUUUGAGACGGAGAGAAAAGACGCGUCGGUGACACGCGCGGCUGGUUCUUCCCGAGGAGUGGAGCAGAUAAUCAACGACGGGAUCCAAGUUUGGACCUCACCGAGUCCAACGCGACCUUCCCCUCCCCCCAGACGGAUCAUCUUAUAUCUUAAAGCAUCUUCACAGACUCGCAUAGCGAGAGUGUGAUGUGGAGCCAGUACAGUAAGAGAGUCUGUGAACAGGUGAGAGAGGGACACUGUCUGCCCCACUGUCCAGCGACACAAUGAGCUGGAGCUUCCUCACGCGGCUGCUGGAGGAGAUCCACAACCACUCCACCUUCGUGGGGAAGCUGUGGCUCACCGUGCUCAUCGUCUUCCGCAUCGUCCUCACCGCCGUCGGGGGAGAGUCCAUCUACUACGACGAGCAGAGCAAGUUCGUAUGCAACUCGGGCCAGCCGGGCUGCGAGAACGUCUGCUACGACGCCUUCGCCCCCUUGUCCCAUGUGCGCUUCUGGGUCUUCCAGAUCAUCCUGGUAGCGAUGCCUUCUCUGAUGUACAUGGGCUACGCCGUCAACAAGAUUGCACGACUGGAUGAGGCCAAAGGGGGAGCCGGUUCCGCCGCCGUCAGGACGGGAGGAGGGGGCUACACGCACAGGAAGCCCAGGAAGAUCUGCUUCGGAGCCCGGCAGCACCGGGGCAUCGAGGAGACCGAGGAGGACCAGGAGGACGAUCCCAUGAUCUACGAGGUGCCUGAGAUCGAGCCCCCCAAAAGGCCGCGGGACCCUCUGCAGCCCACGCCCAGACCCAAAAUCCGCCACGACGGGCGCAAGCGCAUUCGCGACGAGGGCCUGAUGCGGGUCUACAUUCUGCAGCUGGUGACCCGCACGGUGUUAGAGGCAGGCUUCCUCGCGGGGCAGUACCUGCUCUAUGGCUUCCGAGUCACUCCGGUGUUCGUAUGCUCAGGGAAACCGUGUCCCCACAGCGUGGACUGCUUUGUCUCGCGGCCCACGGAGAAGACCAUCUUCCUGCGCAUCAUGUACGGCGUCACCGUCCUCUGCCUCACGCUCAACGUCUGGGAGAUGCUCCACCUGGGCAUCGGCUCCAUCUGCGACGUCCUCCGCCGCCGCCGCAGCCCGCCCCCGGAGGACGAGUACCAGUUGGGCCUGCUGGGCAACAGCGGGGGCGUGGAGGGCUCGGUGGGGGGGACAGCGCCAGAGGCCGGAUCCGAGGGGGGAGUGGGCGGCGACGGGGCCGCUGAUUACGUGGGGUACCCCUUCUCCUGGAACACCCCGUCGGCUCCGCCCGGCUACAACAUCGUGGUGAAACCCGAGCAGAUGCCCUACACGGACCUGAGCAACGCCAAGAUGGCGUGCAAGCAGAACCGCGCCAACAUCGCCCAAGAGGAGCAGCAGCAGUUCGGCAGCAACGAGGACAACUUUCCCACCGGGGGGGAGGCCCGCGUGGCUCUGAACAAGGACAUGAUCCAGCAGGCCCACGAGCAGCUGGAGGCGGCCAUCCAGGCCUACAGCCAGCAGCACCGGGCCGAGGAGCAGCUCGGGGACAACCAGGACGACAAGCCCCAAAGCAACAUCAUCCAGGCGCAGCCGCAGCCGCAGCCGCAGCCCCCGAAGGAGCGCAAGCAUCGGUUCAAGCACGGGAAGGGAGGCAGCAGCGGGGGAGGCAGCAGCAGCAACAGCAGCAGCAGCAAGUCGGGAGAGGGGAAGCCCUCGGUGUGGAUCUAACUCCACACGCAGCACCCUGAACUCGAACCCUGUACAUAUUAGAGACAAGCAGGUGCAGACUUACUGGAUAAUUAUACACUCGAGUGCCUUAGAGAAUCCUGCAAGCUGGAGACGAGGUGGUUUCCAGGACGAGGCACGUGUAAGGAAGUGAUGUUGCAGCUGACACUUCGCUUUGUCUGGGCUAUCACUGUCUAACUUGAAAAAUCACCGCCACGCGAGCCGUUUACGUCUCAUUCUCCUCAGUUUCCGAGAGCAGAUUCCUGACCUCUCCUGUCUCCUCGGUGAUGCUUUCUUAGGGAUUUGUGCUUAGGGAAAAAGUUACUGGAUGAUAAUGAGUUCUGUCGCGAACCAGAUUGAUCCCAGAUUUGGCUUAGCUGGUUUUUGGCUGAGAGCGCGGGGCCAGAGCCGUACGUAGACAAUAAGGUCGCGUUAUUGUGACGAGCGAAGUCGAUGCCUUUUGUUCCUGUCAUGAUGUGAGCAAGGCCGUCCCAAUGUAAACGCUCUGCGCCGCAGUGAGAACGUCACCUUCCCGUAGGCCGUGUCCUGUUGGGCCUGUCCCGUGUCGCCGCCCGUUCCAGCGUCGAUCACAGCGUCAUGUUGCUGUGGUGACUUUGCAUUUCGCCCACGUCCUUGUGCGUUCCCCGCGUUUUUUUAAGCCAGCUGCGACUCAGGAACAUAUGAGCACAGCUGGCGGCUCCGUGUCCGGUCCACGCUGGGCCAAAUGUUCUUUUCAACAAGGUGCAGAUCGGUCCAGUUUGAUGCGUUGUCGUUUGGGGGCUUCUCGGUUCCUCCCCGGCUUUUCACGGCUCAACAAGGCCGCUCGCUAGAACACUGUUCUUCUAUCUGCCUUGUAGUUGACUGCCCCCUGGCGGUUCCGUUCUGAGUCUGGAGCAGACGCCAGCUUGCAGCAUCCAGCAACACAAUAGCCAGCUGUGGUGUUCCAGUCUACUGACCAGCCUUGUAUUAGCUCCAGGUCUUCCCAGCACCUACAAGUUUGGUGUUAAGUGCCACCAUCUUGUACCGAUCAACGUUCUAAGCCAUUACUGUCAUAUAGUGAGACCAAACACUGUUUGUGCGAUGCAAGCGUCAGUGCCAAGACUUUAAAGCUGGGCUGCUACAGAGCCCAGUUGGGUGUAGCUUUGGAAUACGGUGGCCAUGCUACUCCGACCGUGGAAAUAUGCCUACGUCAGACCAACCCUUUUAUAAAAGCCACUCGCUUUUUCUAUGCCAUACGGAAUGGGAUUUAAAAUAGAAAACUCCAAAAUGGAGACUUUUUUUUUAUGUUGAAGCCAAUUUUUUAUAUAAAAACAAUCACACUUUUGUAAAAUAAAAUAAAGCAAACAGGUUCUUUUAACGAUGACUUAGCUGUAUGUAUAUUUAUGGUUGUUGUGUUUUAAAUUGCCUUCCAAUUGUAAAAAAUGUUAAAUAUGACAUAGUUUAUUUUUAUAAUAUGUCAGCAACAGUGACUUAAAGAUAAAUAGAAAAAAAGCCAGACUUUCUCUUGUAUGUUACAAUUUCAGUAAUUAAUGUCUGUGGCAACUCUCUGGGCUGUAUUUAUAUAAUAAACAGUGUAACUAUUUUCUGACAUUGUUCUGUGAUCUGCUGAACAGACGUGCGUGGAGACAAACCCACUGGUGAAGUGGUUCAAAGAGCAGGGUGUCUAAUGCAACAGUUCAAAGACUGACUGACUUUCAGCAACGGACUUAUUCGUUCUUAAGCACAGCCAGAGAACUGACUGGCACUCACUGCUGGGCCAAACAGGCCACAGGUGAUUGGCCAGCUCCUCCUCCCUGGAGGCCGAUCAGCUCUCAUUAAAUCUAGUCCUGUAGAAAAGCUUCUAGAGUUUCUAAAGUAAUUGCUGCUUUUAAAAAAGCAGGAAAGACUCAGACGCAGACUCUGCUGGGGCCACUAGAGGGCGACAUUGUGCCAAAAUCUCCAGGCAGUCAGAAAGGCGGAGCCUCUUCAAAAUGAUUCUGUGCUCAGAUUUGUCUGCGUUCAAAGCGGAAGUAAGAAAAUCAUGCAAUUAUUAUUACACUAUGGCACUGCCACGUGUUGGCUUUACCCUGUUCUCUGCUUCCUCUCUGCUGAGGGACCAAAACAGAGCGAGAGCAAAAUGAAAAUACUCCUUUUUUUAGGUUUCAGGGCUUGUUCUUCUGCAUUUUGCUGCCCUCUGAUUAAAAAUGAGUUACGGAACCUUUUUCAGGGAACAGAAACGCUCACAACAAAGGACGUAAAGUUUUGAGGUCUAGUAAACAAAAAGGUCGUAUAUAAUAAAUGCAGACAUAAAGUCACAAUUUCAGGUAUAUUUCCCCUGAAAUGAGCGGUAAUAUGCAUUUGAGACUGAAAACACUGAAGGUUGGAGAGACAUUUUGUUGAAUGAAUAAAUGAUAACCUUAAAAAUGCGGGUGUGCCACUGUUCACAGCACUGAUGUGAGCAGCAUUCACUAAUUAACAAUGUUUAAAGACAUCACAUUCAUUCCCGUGGGAUUUAUCUCUGUGCUGUAUCUCACCACAGUCAGAACGAAAGCCGGUUGCAUCAGCUGAAGUCCACCCUCAGCGUCUGUCGUGUUCAGAAGGAAGACUGUGAUGAAGCCGUGUUGUUUCCUUACGUGUGUCCCCCUGAUGUGGGACGUGACAAUAAGACUAGCACUCCAUGCGUUUGUGUUUUGUGUGUGUUUUUAUAAGCCUUUUGUAAAAUGUACAUCUCUGUGAGUUUCCCCCCGGCCAAGAUGUUUUUCAUAAUCUUUAAUAAAUACAUUUGAUUUGCAUGUGAAAAGACAUAUUUUCCUACAAAAAAUAAACCAGAAAUGCAUAUUGA